UUUCGCAACUUCCAUCUCAAGAAGAAAUAAAUCAAUUACAACAAGCAUCACUCGUAUCUAAUACUGAAAAAAAUACAGCAAAAUGGCUUCGAACUAUAGAGCGAUUUAAUAAAAAUUGUGGUAUAUCUCAAGCUAUCGAAUUAAUUGAUUCUGUUACCAAACUUGAAGAUUAUUUAUGUCAAUUUAUAACCUGGUUACAAAAAGAAGAUGGUUCUGAUUACAAAGUUGAAUCUGUUCACAAUUGCUAUAGUGCGAUUAAUAGAUAUCUUCGAGAUUACAGUGUUAUUCAACCAAUAAAAAUUUGGGAUCCAUAUAGAUUUCCUCGCGCACUUCGUACUUUGGAUGGAAAAAUGCGAAUUUUACAAGAUAAAGGAUUAGGUGAUCCAAAAAAAUCCGAUGGAUUAUCUUUAGAAGAAAUUAAGCAAAUACUUGAUCACUUAUAUAUGAGUAUUAAUAAUAAUGAAUCACUUAUUCGUCGAGUUUUUUUCUGGUUAUGUUUAUUAUGUGGAUUACGAGGUGGAGAUGCAUAUCGAAUUUGUAGAAAAGAUCUUGAACGUCGCCAAGAUGGAGGAUUGGAACUUGUGCUACAUAAAGAAAAAAAUAAUCAGGGUGGCGCUUUUUAUAGAAACAAGCAUGGAAAAACAAAUUCUCGACGUAUUCCUAUACCACCGGACUCACCUAAUAAUUUAUAUACACCAAUAAAAGAUAUUUUAUUUUUUUUAUCAAAAUUACCUGAUUCUUCUUUAUUAUCGGAUCCUUUAUUUCAUGAAACUUAUAAAAGUCAAAAAGGUCGUUGGUAUAAAAAUACACAUAUGGGUUAUACGAAACUUAGAAAAAUGAUGAAUGAUAUUGCAACAAAUACUGGAAUUAAUUUGGAUAAUGGACGAAAAAUUACAAAUCAUUCUUGCCGUCGUACCGCAAUUCAACUUUUAAAAAAUAAUGGUGUUUCUGAUUCUGAACUUCAAUCCUUUUCUGGUCAUCGUUCUCGUGAAGGUUUAGCAGAUUACUGUCAAACUAGUGAAGAUCAACAUUCUAUUACAAUUCCGAAAAAUAAAUAUCCUGCAACACAAAAAACUCAAGAUUUUACUACACAAGAUUCUGCAAUACAAGUUUUUACAACCGAAGAAACUCAAACUUCUGUAACAAAAGAAACUUUAUUAUCUGUUAUUGAAGAAACUCCCACAAAUAAAAAAAUUAAUCCAUCUCAAGUAUCAAGAAUUCCUAAACCAAAGGCUCGUACUCAAGCUCACCCUUAUUCUUCU